CAAAAACAGUGACAAUUAAAGUCUUAAAUCAACGACACGUUUGACUUAAACGGAAAACGACUACAAAAGGAAGUCACGUGACGUUUGUUGUCGUUGUUGUCAAUGACGACCACAUGUGAUGAUCACGUGAUGACAACAUUUGGCGCAAACUUUUGUUGUUUUGUCCGUUUGUUUGUCAUUUGUCUUACAUCUUCAUCAAGAGUUUUGUUUAAAGAGUUAAUUCAUUAUAUUUCAUCUAUUGAUUACAUUUUAUAACAUAAACAAUACCAACGAUGACUACUUUGAUUUGCGAUCAAAAACUACGGGAAGAGUUAUCCGGUUUUUGUAAUACCAUUGAUGACAAUGUUAUCAAUAAAUUGAAAGACUUGUGUGUUAUCCACGAUAUCGAUGAACAGACUCUUUGUGCACAACUUUUGGCUUUUCUUAUCAAAGGUCACAAACCUUUGACAUUGGAAGUGAUCGAUGACUUCCAACUGGACUACUUAGACAAGAAAGCCAUCAAUGAGUACAAGAAAUCAAAAGCAAUGUCAGAAAAGUUGAAUCGUUCGAGAAAUUCAAUGACAACUAAAUCUCCGUUUAAUUCAAGCUUUAAAAUGUUGUUCAAUGAGAUGACUACAGAAUCAGUGCCCGUAUUGACGACAAAAAUUGAAAUAGCGAUCGACGAUAACAACAAAGAUGAUGAUGAUAUCACUAUUAUUAAAGAUAAUGUUAACAAAGAAAUGAUAGAUUUGUGUGUUGACUCUCAAGAUAGUGUAGUGGAAGUGUUUAAGACACCAGAAAAAGUUAUCAAUAGGUCUUUUGUUAAUAUGGAUGUAAGCGCUAUGACUACACCUGCUUUAAACAUUGAUGACUCUAUUAAUUCAUCUCUUAAAAUUAAUGAAGGAAUCAAAUCCAAUACUUUGUGUUAUUUUGGGAACUCUUAUUCAGACAAUGAAUGGAGAAUUAAUACUAAUAUCAAACAUAAUGUUGAAGUGUAUGACAGAUCCAUUAGUUUAAUGGAAGGAUUUAAAUUUAUGUCACUAAAGAUUAAAGAAACCAAUGAAAUAUUAAACGAUUUAAUUGAUGAAUUUUCCGAACAAUUGCGUCAAAAAUUGGACAUUGAAUCGUGGAAUCACUUCUCAGUUCAGAGUCCUUCUGAAGCUUAUUAUAUCGGAAGAGUUUGUUAUGAUUGCACGCAAAAUAAACUCAACAAUAAUUUAAUUAGAUUUGAAGGAUCGCGUUAUUUAACAAACUCGGAGUCUAUUGAUUUAGAUUUAAGUCGUUUAAGUAAUUACUCGCUAUUUGCCGGACAAGUGAUGGCCUGUAAAGCGAUCAAUGAAUCGGGAAAGUCGUUGAUUGUACAGGAAAUCAUUGACUUCAAUCAAAUUCUUGAAUAUCCUACUCUUGCGCCUACUUUUCAACAGCCAGUGACAAUAGUUGUUGCCACCGGGCCUUUCAAUACUAACCAAACAAUUGAUUUCAAACCUCUCAAGACAUUCAUGGAUUAUGUGAAGAAAUAUGAACCUGACUUUUGUAUACUUUUGGGACCAUUUGUUGAUUCUAUGAAUGAAAAAUUGUUGACAACAGAAGAGAGAGUCGAUCAUAUCUUUUAUAAUCAAAUGACGUAUAUAUCUCAAGAAUUAAUGGAUAUUAAGACGGAAGCCAUUGUUAUUCCGUCGACAAGAGAUCUAAAUAUGUUUAAUUUAUUUCCGUCGGCAGCUUUUGAUUGCUUUUCCACAGCAAAGGCUUUCAAGUCUAAUAAAAUACAUUAUUUUUCAAAUCCAUGUAUACUUAACAUCAGUGGACUUAUUAUUGCCAUGACUUCUACUGAUGUUUUGCUUCAUUUAAGCAAAGAAGAAAUUUCUGCCGGCCAAAACACUGAUAGAUUGUCCAGACUUUGCAAACAUAUAAUAAAUCAGAAAAGUUUUUAUCCCAUAUUUCCACCCAAUCCUGAAGUAAAUCUAGAGUUUACUAAAUAUGACUUUUUGAGACUACCGGUUAACCCACACAUAAUUUUAUUGCCAUCUGAUCUCAGAGAAUUUGUUAAGAAUAUAUCGCAUUCGGUGGUCAUUAACACCGGAAGAAUAUCCAAAAAUAAAUUGACGCGAAUUAGAGUCGAUCCGAUUGAUGCCAAACUUUAUAAUAAUUCACUUGAGGCUUAUACUAACGUUGAAAUUAUAAAAAUUAAUUAA